AUGAAUCUGGCUUCCAUUGUAGAGCAUGUAUUUCCUUUAUCUCUCUCUCUCUCUCUCUCUCUCUCUCUCUCUCUCUCUCUCUCUCUUGCUUCCACGUCUCGGUUCUCUAUCUUUGCAUCUCUCUCCCCAUCUCCCCCCGCAUUCUCUCUCUCUUGCUCUGCCGCAUUCUCUCUCUCGCGCUCUGCCGCAUUCUCUCUCUCGCCCUGCCGCAUUCUCUCUCUCGCUCUGCCGCAUUCGCUCACUCUCGCUCUUCCGCAUUCUCUCUCUCUCUCUCUCUCUCUCUCUCACUCUAUCGCAUUCUCUCUCUCGCCCUGCCGCAUUCUCUCUCUCGCUCUGCCGCAUUCGCUCACUCUCGCUCUUCCGCAUUCUCUCUCUCUCUCUCGCUCUGCCGCAUUCUCUCUCUCGCCCUGCCGCAUUCUCUCUCUCGCUCUGACGCAUUUGCUCACUCUCGCUCUUCCGCAUUCUCUCUCUCUCGCUCUUCCGCAUUCUCUCUCUCUCGCUCUGCCGCAUUCUCUCUCUCUAGCUGCCGCAUUCUCUCUCUCUCGCCCUGCCGCAUUCUCUCUCUCACUCUGCCGCAUUCGCGCACUCUCGCUCUUCCGCAUUCUCUCUCUCUCUCUCUCUCUCUCUCGCUCUGCCGCAUUCUCUCUCUCGCUCUGUUGCAUUCUCUCUCUCUCUCCUUCUCUCUCUCUCUCUCUCUCUCUCUCUCUCUCUCUCUCUCUCUCUCUCUCUCUCUCUCAAGCAGUCAUGUAUUGA